CGGAAUUCGGAGUUCGGCAUCGACGCUCGCAUCACCAUAAUUCUUUUUCAUUCAACUAAGUUGAGAUUUUGGAAAGUUGAGCAACACUGAUGUGAUACAUCGAAUCUUUUCUCGCGUGUAUACAAAUCCUACGUUCACGUCAGUGCAGUUGACAAUUAAACUUUGGUAAGCGUGGGUGUCGCAUUUUCGCAUUUAUAGGAGCAAAGAGAUACUUUAUAUACAAUUUAUAUUUACCAAAUAAUCAGUCGCAUAAAAAUACAUUAAAUAAAAGUUACAUCUAACUCAUCAAACAAUGGUGGAUUACAGCAAAUGGAAAGAUAUUGAGAUUUCAGAUGAUGAGGAUGAUACUCAUCCAAACAUUGAUACACCAUCACUAUUUAGAUGGCGUCAUCAGGCAAGAAUUGAAAGAAUGGAAGAACGAAGACGUGAGCAACAAGAACAUGAAAGAAAAAAAGCAGAGACAAUAAAAAAGUUAAAAGAUACAAAGGAAAAGCUUGCAAAAUUAGAAAGUGAACAGAAAGAUUCAGCUGAUUUAACUGCAUUGAAAAAAGUUCUGCAAGAUCUUGAAGAAGAACAGAAAAAGAUAUUAGCAAAAGAAGAAGAAAUAAAGAAAAAAGAAAAGUUAACACCUUGGAAUGUUGAUACCAUUGGGCAAGAUGGUUUUACAAAAACUGUAAUUAACACAAGGCCACCUCGUAAAGAAGAUGACACUGGUUUGACAGAUGAAGAGAAAGAAAGAAGAAUGAAACAGUUUGUUAAAGAAAAUGAAAAGAAAUUAAAAGAGUUUGGAAUGCUAAGAAAGUAUGAUGAUAGUAAGAUAUUUUUGACUGAAAAUCCUCAGUUAGUAUGUGAAAAUACUGCAAACUAUUUGGUGAUUUGGUGUAUUAAUUUGGAAAUGGAGGAAAAACAUGAUUUAAUGGAGCAUGUUGCCCAUCAAUGUAUAUGUAUGCAAUAUAUUUUAGAAUUAUCAAAACAACUUGAUGUCGAUCCAAGGGCAUGUGUUCGUUCAUUCUUCAGUCGUAUUCAAACUGCUGAAAUAGAAUAUAAAAAUUCCUUUGAUGAUGAACUUAGAGCAUUUAAGGAAAGAAUAUGUAAAAGAGCUGCAGAAAAAGUAGCAGAUGCUCUUAAAGAAGCUGAAGAAGAAGAAAGGAAAGCACGUCUUGGCCCUGGUGGCCUUGAUCCCCUUGAAGUGUUUGAAAGUCUUCCAGAGUCUCUGAAAAAAUGUUUCGAAACGCAAGAUAUUCCUUUAUUACAUGAAACAAUAGCAGCAAUGCCGCGAGAAGAAGCAUCCUAUCACAUGAAACGAUGUGUUGAUAGUGGUCUCUGGGUACCUGAUGCAAAAGCCAAGGAAAAGAAGGAUGAAGAAGAAUCUUUAGAAGAUGUAGAAGGAACACCUGAUCCCGAAUAACCUAAAACUGUAAAAUACUUAUGUUGAUGUUCAUGACUCAUUUAUGCGAGUAUCCUUUAAUAUCACAAAUAUGUUAAAAUAAAAUUGUGGUUGGGCAAUGAAUAUAAAAUUCUUACCUCUGAUAAAUUUUUUUAUUGUAAUAAUACUAUAUUAUCGUAUUAUGCUUUGAGUUACUUCAAGACUGAAUUAUUGCAUAAUUCCGAGUUUUUUAUGGAAUUGUUAAUUAAAUCGGAACGAUUGUUAAAAUGUGAUACAUUUUACUUGAUUUGUUGGAUUAGAAUAUUUUGAAUUUUCACAAUGAAUAGGAAUAUUCACAAAUAUUAAUAUCUGUAUGUAUGUAUGAAGUAAUACGUAUAAAACAUUUGUAAAUAUAUAAAUUCAAUCUAUUGUGUAUGUGUUCCAUAAACACUAUAUCUUAUCUUUCGUUAUUACAUAUGUACAUUACAAAAUGUAAAUAAAAAACUUGUAUUCAAUCCA